ACCACCCACCACCAUCACCCCAACUUUACUUACUUUCCUAUGGAGCCUGGAAACCAAUCAUCCGAAAACGAUGUGAAGUACCGCGGGGUGCGCCGCCGUCCUUGGGGCAAAUUCGCGGCGGAGAUACGCGACUCGACCAGGAACGGGCAGAGGAUAUGGCUGGGGACGUUCGACACCGCGGAGGAGGCGGCCAGGGCUUACGACCGAGCUGCCUACGCUAUGAGAGGACACAUCGCUGUCCUUAAUUUCCCCCAUGAGUACCCAAUGGGCCGGGGCCCAUCCGCGGCAGCUUCAGGCUCGGCCGCAGCUGGGUCGUCCUCUUCUUCUUCUUCGAACCGACGAGGCUCGUCAUCUUCUUCGCCUCAGGUGGUGGAGUUCGAGUACUUGGACGACAGGUUGCUGGAUGAGAUGCUGGAGCAAGAAGAGAACAGGAGGAGGAACAACCGCUAGUUAAUGAGAUGACUCUCUAGCUGGAUGGCUCGGUAAAUUGAAGCUAGUAUAACCCUUAUUGCCUCCUUCUAAGUUGAUGAUUAUGACCUAUGUGUGUGGAACAAAGUAUUCAUAUGUAU